UGGUAACCAAGCUGACACAAGGGGGACUGCUUAUGUAGUUUAUGAAGACAUUUUUGAUGCUAAAAAUGCAUGUGACCAUCUUUCUGGUUUCAAUGUCUGUGGAAGAUAUUUGAUUGUGUUGUACUACCAAGCUACAAGGGCAUUCAAGAAAAUGGACCAAGCAAAGAAGCAAGUGGAAUUAGACAUGAUGAAAGCCAAAUAUGGGCUCAGCACACCAGACAUUAAUAAAUGAACAAAUGUACCACAAUAGACUGCAAUAAAAGGCUGGUGCGUUUUUGCCUACUAAUCAGAAUUAUCUACAGGAAAGUGAUUAUGUGCUAUCUGUUCAGCAGAUGAGUGCAUAAUUUUUCAUGAAACAAGCGAAGUUGUCAGCAAGUUGUAUACUGUUACACCAUGUAGUACUUAUUUAUUACUCCAUGAUUACCUUAGCUGAGGGAAGUUUAUUUUUCCUGCCAUUGAAUACUAUUAAGUAUUGAAGUGAAUUGCUUUGCAAUCAGAACUGUGCAUCAUUUGUUAAUGGAGAAUUGUAGGCAGGCCUCUGAUUACGAAAGUUAAAAGCGCCUGUCACAAUUGUUGUGAGAGCUGUGGGCCUUUAGACCAAAUAUUUUUAGCACACCGUUUCACUAAAUACCAUAGAUAUGAUCCAAGAUUUUUAAAAAAAGGAACAAGGGCUAAAGAUGGAGAAAUAAUUUGUACAUGAAUGUAACCAGCCUAUAAGCAAUGUUACAAUUAAGUUGUUUAUUACAUUGAAAAUGAUAAGAAGUCAGUGUAAAUAAAUGUUGGCAUUUCCUA